AUUCUCACAUUUAUCGACCUUGUCCCAAUGUGUCUGGGGAAUUCAAACGAUGGCCUGGUCGCCGAAUUAUCGCCGGCUCGAUUUCCAAAUAGACGCCGCGGUCCUGCAGCAUCUUUCGACGGGACAGAUUCGAUUUACUUAUUUGGCGGAAAGUUUAACUUUGGCGGCAAGACUUCCCACAGGGUUAUACGGGGGCACCACGAUAACGGAUGCUAUAGGGAUAUUUACCAUUUUAAUGGAGCCACCCGAUCAGCAAGGAGCCGGAUUGUGUAUAAAUUUAAUCCCAAUACGACACAAGUAACGAAUAUUGGGGAAUUACCGUUAGAAAUGAAUAAUGCAGUCAAGGUCAAUAACAGCGCGGUGCUUUUAUUCGGGAAUACAUUUCUGGAUCACUCGUCAAUCGUUAAGUUUGAUUUGGAGAGUUAUGAAUCCACAAUUGUUGGAGAGUUGGGGCAUAACUGUACACGCGUGGAUGGGAUUAGGUAUAAGGAUGACUUGUGGCUAUUGUGCACUUCAAAUCAUAACCCAACUCGGACAGCAAUGUUGCGAGACAAUCUAUCGGAUGGAACUGCGAUUGUGGAAAAAACAUUUCCAUAUCUGCCAGAAACUCCGAGAUUAAUUUGGGACGAGGACUCCACCAUGUACAUAAUUGGAGGGCAGCAGUACCCUGGAAAUUUUAUAAUAAAAUAUGAUCUGGAAAGGCUGUCGGAUAUUCAUUUUAUCGAAGUUAAAAUGUAUCCUGGUAAUGCUACCUACUAUUACACCGGGAUGGGUGGGGUUUACGUAAACAAACUAAAUCGCAUCUAUCUUUUCGGAGGGUUGGUAAACACACCGUUAUUAACCGGAUUUAAGAACGAAAUUUGGCACAUCGACCUACCCCGGAAGGAAGUCCCCUUUCAGGUGAAUUGUUCUGGAGAAGAUGGCAGAAUUUAUCCACAUCCGAAUAACUGCAGUCAGUACGUGGUCUGCCUGUCGGAAGAGAUAUUUGAGGUUAAUUGCGCAAGCGGUGAAAUGUUUGACCCGAUCGAUUUGAUUUGCAAAGAGCAAGAAUUGGUGGAUUGUAGUGCUAAUUGUGUUGAAAAGAUUAGAGGGAUAUAUCCCAAGGUUGGAGAUUGUUCGAAAUUCAUAACUUGUGACGAAGGUGUAACAACGGUGAAUCAAUGUCCUAACAACCUUUUGUUUGAUAAGUAUUGGCUAAGGUGCAAUUUUGAGGAUAAGGUUAAGUGCUAA